AGCCGCCGCGCGCUCAAGGGAGCGGUGGCAGCGCGCGAUUCGCAGCGGCGCAGCGCUGCCGAGCCAUGGUGGACUGAUGUCCUCUCAGCGCUGCCAGCUUUUCGUGCACAGCGCCAUUCUCUCGCACAACUUGGGUGAGAAACUCAAGGACUUCGUGCAGGGCUUUGUUGCUGGCCCAGACUCGUCGGUCUCCGAAUUCGUGGGCUACGGCGAGGAUGUCGUCGACUGACUGGUGAGGAUUCAAGGAGGACACCUUCGGGGAGGGGCGGAUCCAGUACCUAGUCAAGGACAUGAAGGCGGAGGUCCUGGGCAGGCAACCUGGGACCCUGUGGUGGCUGGUGUGGCGCCACAGGAGGCCCAAAACGCCAGUCCAGAAGAAGCCGGCGGAGGCGGACUUCAAGAGCAAGCCGAAGCAGGACUGGGGCAACCGCAGCAAGGCGGCGAUGGCGUCUUGGCCUCCUGGGUUGGUGACGGCAUCGGCGACGGCUGCGACGGGGGCGGCACCGCUUGCGGCCUGGGGGGCGAUCCCGAGGUUGACGGCGGCUUCGGCGGCGGCAACUCUGGCGGCACCGCAGGCGGCUUGGGUGGCGUUCCCAAGGAAGGCGGAGGCAUCGGCGCAAGCGGCAUCGGCGGCUGCGGCGGUGGCGGAACCCUCGGCGGUUUGGGAGGCGAUACCGAGGUCGGCGGAGGUAUCGGCGGGCGGCUCGGCGGACCAGGGACUGGCGGCAGUGGUGAAGAAGCGCCCUGGCAAGCGCAAGAGGGCCAUCCCCCAGAAGCGGAAGGAGAAGCGGGAGAAUAAGAAGAAUAAGAAGACGGAGAAGGAGAAGCAGCAGAAAAGGUCCCAUGCGACGGUCAUGAUCCUCUCGGAGGCGGGCAAGAGGAAGCUGGUCCGCCUGCUCCGGGAGGCUGGCAAGCGGCUUCGUGGGAGGCCGUCAACCUAGGCAUCGGCCUGGGACCAGUGCGCGGUGGAGCUUGCGACCACAUCCACUUGGACAAGGAAGACACCCAGAUCGAGGGCUUCAGCGAGUGCGGGGCCGAGGAGACGCGCAACCUCGUCUACGACCUGCACGUGCAGCUGAAGCGGAAGGAGGAGGCUUGCGGCUGCCUGGCCUCGGAGGCCAUGGAGCUGCGCAGGCGGGCCUGGGAAUCCAACAAGGGCGUCACGGACGAGCUGCCCCACACCGACGACGGGAACGACAAUCAGAAGAUGGCAGAUUCGGAGCUGCCCGAAGUGCCGCCCUUCCCCGACUUGAGUUUCAAGGGGAAGCCCGCCCAGGAGGGGCUGGAGGCGCUGGUCAGCGCCUGCCUGCAGCAGGUGGGCAAGGGCACCCACGAGGCCAAGACGCGCCCCCGGGCCAUCAAGGACUACUUGGAGCUGGGCGUGGACGGCUAGGAGGACGGAGGGCCGCCUCUUGGAGGUGACGGAGGGACCGUUGCCGCCCCCGUGGAGGUGGUGGAGGUGCUCGGCAUCCUGAACUGCGAGCCCGUCGUGGGCGAGUCUUGACAGGGCGUGCGAUGGGCCCUGGGGGGGAAACCGCUUCCGCCGCCCCCCCCCGCCGCGCCUCGGGCUCCUUGGGCCCGUGGUCCUCGUGGGCCCCUCCUGGGCUGGUCCUCUGGAGCCGCGGCUGGGCCCCGUUGGCCUGGCGUUGCCGCGACGGGUGAUGGGUGGGGAGCGUACCCGUCCGCGCCAUCGGCACC